ACACACACACACACACAGCAGGCCUCAAAUAUCACAUCGAGCGUCAAGAAGAGACUUUGCCAUCAAAGCUGCUGCAGGAGAAGCAGCGCGAGACGUUACUGCAUCACACAGAGAGGUCCGAUUUAUUAGAGAUCACUUCUUAUUUUUAUAGAAAGGCCCUUAAAGGUUGCGUGAAGGCUGCGGUCUACACGUCCUGAAGGUUGUUUGAAUCAUCAAGGGGAAGAAAGCAGCAACCCCUCCUCCCCUGCUUCCUCCCCCUCUUCUCUGGAAUUAAAAGGGGGGUCCGUCGCUGCGUGCUAAAGAGGAGGAGGAGGAGACGCCAAAAGUCUCCGCGAAUCCGAGACAUUUCCUGGCUCGAGAAGACGCCGUCUUCGCGUGGCUCCCCUGGAGGCUUUUAACUUGGAUAUUUGAGGCGGGAGCGUGGGAGGCCGCGGCCAUGUCUCCCUUCCUAAGGAUCGGCUUCUCCAGCUUUGAGAUGGACCCCGGACUGGCCUACCACGAGGAGGUGCUCAGCCCCUACUGCGCGGUUUACAUGAAGGAGGCCAUCGACACAGAAAAGGGCCAGGUGUACAAGCAGAAGAAGCCCACCAUGUACCCGCCGUGGAGCACCACGUUCGACGCCCACAUCCACCGCGGGCGCAUCAUGCACGUGAUGGUGAAGGACCGGACGGCUGAGCUCAAGUCCGAGACCAGUGUGGCUCUGGACUCGCUGGCCACGCAGUGCAAGAAGGAGAACGGCAAGCUGGAGAUCUGGCUGGAGCUGAAGCCACAGGGACGCCUGCUGAUGGAGGCCAAAUACUAUCUGGAGAAAAGCGACGCUGCAGGUCAGACCGAGGGAGACCAAGAGUGCGGCCCAGAGAGAGAGGGUCUGUUCGCCCUCCACCAGCGGCGAGGGGCUAUCAAACAGGCCAAGGUCCACAUCGUCAAGUGUCACGAGUUCAGCGCCACGUUCUUCCCUCAACCGACCUUCUGCUCCGUCUGCAAGGAGUUUGUCUGGGGUCUGAACAAGCAGGGUUACCAGUGCAGACAGUGCAACGCGGCCAUUCACAAAAAAUGCAUCGACAAAGUCCUCGCUAAAUGCACAGGAUCCGCCAUCAACAGCAAGGAGACGAUGAUCCACAAGGAGCGCUUCAAGAUCGACAUGCCCCACCGGUUCAAGGUCCACAACUACAAGAGCCCCACCUUCUGCGAACACUGCGGGACUCUGCUGUGGGGGCUCGCCAAGCAGGGACUCAAAUGUGAGGAAUGCAGCAUGAACGUCCAUCAUAAAUGCCAGAAGAAAGUAGCCAACCUCUGCGGGGUCAACCAAAAGCUGAUGGCUGAAGCUCUGGCCGUCAUCGAGACUAAACAGCAGGCCAGAAGCAACAAAGACAGCGACUGCGAAGUCGUCGGUCGAGAAGGCCCGGUGGGCGUUGGCCAGCCAGGAGCGGAGCGGACUCCGUCGGGUUUAACAGCUGCGACGCCUGCAAACAAAGAGCCGCAGGGUAUUUCAUGGGACGGGCCGACGGGCCUCGGCGGGUCCAUCCCCGAGGCGCCGACGGACGAGGAGCCCCUGUACGCCGUUCCCAAAAAGGAUCACCUCCGUCCCAAGUUCACCGUCGACGACUUCGUCCUGCACAAGAUGCUCGGGAAGGGCAGCUUCGGCAAGGUGUUUUUGGCCGAGCUGAAGAAAAGCGGCGAGUUUUACGCGGUGAAGGCGCUGAAGAAGGACGUGGUGCUGAUGGACGAUGACGUGGAGUGCACCAUGGUGGAGAGGAGGGUCCUCUCUUUGGCCUGGGAGAACCCUUUCCUCACGCACCUCCACUGCACCUUCCAGACCAAGGAGAACCUCUUCUUUGUGAUGGAGUACCUGAACGGAGGCGACCUCAUGUUCCACAUCCAGUUCAGCCACAAGUUUGACGUGCACAGAACCACCUUCUACGCAGCAGAAAUCAUCUGUGGGCUCCAGUUCCUGCACUCCAAAGGCAUCAUUUACAGGGAUCUGAAGCUGGAUAACGUGCUGCUGGAUUCCGAGGGUCACAUUAAGAUAGCAGACUUUGGCAUGUGCAAGGAAAACAUGCAGGACGAGUCGCGAACCGCCACCUUCUGUGGGACACCAGACUACAUCGCUCCCGAGAUCCUGCUGGGUCAGAAGUACAACAGCUCGGUGGACUGGUGGUCCUUCGGGGUCCUGCUCUACGAGAUGCUGAUCGGUCAAUCUCCGUUCCACGGCCGCAACGAAGAGGAGCUCUUUCAAUCCAUACGCACGGACAACCCCGCUUACCCCCGCUGGCUCACCAGGGACGCCAAGGACAUUCUGAUCAAGUUGUUUGUGAGGGAGCCGGAGGGCCGACUGGGAGUGAAGGGAAACAUCAGACAGCACAGCUUCUUCAGCGCCACCGACUGGGCCGCCCUGGAACAACGGAAAGUGGAGCCGCCCUUCAGGCCAACUUUAACGUCGCCCAGUGACUGCAGUAACUUUGACAAAGAGUUCAUCAACGAGAAGCCUCGGCUGUCGUGUGUCGACCGGACGCUCAUCAACAGCGUCGACCAGACGAUGUUCAAGAACUUCUCCUUCGUCAACCCGGGGAUGGCUCGCAUCGCGGCGCGCUGACCAUCGACCUACUACCUGAGCCACGCGUCACAACCAGCACUUACUGUAACCGGAACAAAACUGCAGAGACUUUUGACUCAACGAUAACCACUACGGAGGCGUCCUGAGUUUAAAAAGGCACAUACAAACCAUGCAUUUUUUUAAAUGAUAAACUAAACAAAAAAUAAAAUUAAUUAAUAAUAAAAAUUCUCAUUUCUUUUUUAAGUCAGCCAAAUAAUAAACAGUGUUUCCCCUACGUUAUAUAUACCGUCCCUUCACGCAGGCAGUUCCACUCCUACACGUGCGAGCACAUGUCCGCGUACGUGGGGUGCUCGCAGUGGACUACCCCCCCUCGCCCCCCCACAGAGAGCACCAGCAGACAGAGUACCACUACCACCCCCCCCCCCACCCCUCAGGGGAAACACUAAUACAUCGGGGCAGACAAAAGAAAUUUCACAAAAUACCUUCAGUCCAUUUUAACGCCCCACAUUAAAUGAGUAAAAUAAAUAAUAGCAUAAAUUCCAUCUUAAAGUAUUCAAAGAUUGUUGUCAUUUACACACGCCAUGUGUAUUGAGCCCUCUGAACUUGCCUAACUGUCAUUAGAAAAUGGACUUAUUGUGCCUAGUAUUACUUUAAGUUAAUUUCUUCCAGUAAAGAGACUUUUUUUUUUACAGCAGAUUACACCUCUUUUCCUACCCAAUAGGAUUCCACCGCUUAAAAAGUAUUUUACCUCAACGAUGGUGCAGUCCUUUGUUGUGUAAAUAUAUGUGAUAUUGUUAGGUGGACGUUAGCAGGUUACUUGUUUACGCGUUUUCAUAUUGUACCUCAGGAGUUUUAUUAUUGCUGUAAUUUAGAUCAGGUACGAACAUCGGCUGUUUACUGUAGUUUUUAUCGUUUUCUCCAUUGUGAAUCACGUACAAUAAAAUAUGUUGGGUUGUUUUUUUA